AUGCUCGCCUCAGCUGCAAGUAGCUCCGUGGUGCGCGGCACUGGAUUUUUCUUCCCGCCACGCGCUUCGAGCGUGUGGCGGCUUAUUCUACCCGCCGCGCGCUCGGGGCGCGCGGCGGUUAUCCCGUCCGUCGAGGCGCCCUCCGGGGGGCCUGCGUGCUGCUCCCUGCCGUCGCAUGGCGCGGCGCCUUCAGGGGGCCCGCCCCUGCUCGUCGCGGCGCCCCCCCCUGGGUGCCGCUCCUACUCGUCGCGACGCCCCUGCGGGACCCGCGCGGCGUCGCCCUGCUCGUCGCGACACCUCUGCGGGACCCGCGCGGCGUCGCCCCUACACGACGCGACGCCCCCUGGGCGCCGUCACUGGUCGUCGCGGCGCCUUCCGGGGGCCCGCCUGCUGCUCUCCCCCCGUCGCCCGUCGCUCGCGACACCGCCCCUGCAGCAGCUCGCGACGCCGCCCCUGCAACAGCGCGCGAGCCGCCCCUGCGCCAGCGCCAUCGCUCCUGGAGCGGCCACCCCUGGUGCAGCCGCCCCUGGACUCGCCACCCCGCCCCUGGAGCCGCCGCCCCUGGUGCAGCCGCCCCUGGACCCGCGACCCCGCCCCUGGAGCAGCCGCCCCUGGUGCCGCCGCCCCUGGACCUGCGCCGUCGCCCAGGGAGCAGCCGCCCCUGGUGCAGCCGCCCCUGGACCUGCGCCGCCGCCCCUGGAGCAGCCGCCCCUGGUGCAGCCGCCCCUGUACCCGCGACGCCGCCCGUGGAGCAGCCGCCCCUGGUGCAGCCGCCCCUGGACCUGCGCCGCCGCCCCUGGAGCAGCCGCCCCUGGUGCAGCCGCCCCUGUACCCGCGACGCCGCCCGUGGAGCAGCCGCCCCUGGUGCAGCCGCCCCUGGACCUGCGCCGCCGCCCCUGGAGCAGCCGCCCCUGGUGCAGCCGCCCCUGUACCCGCGACGCCGCCCGUGGAGCAGCCGCCCCUGGUGCAGCCGCCCCUAGAACCUCAGUCUCUCACUCGCGCCCUCGUGCGCUCUACCCUACCUGCUCCGCGCUGUUGCUCUGCACGCGCGGUUGCCCGCGCCCUCGUGCGCUCUACCCUACCUGCUCCGCGCUGUUGCUCUGCACGCGCGGUUGCCCGCGCCCUCGUGCGCUCUACCCUACCUGCUCCGCGCUGUUGCUCUGCACGCGCGGUUGCCCGCGCCCUCGUGCGCUCUACCCUACCUGCUCCGCGCUGUUGCUCUGCACGCGCGGUUGCCCGCGCCCUCGUGCGCUCUACCCUACCUGCUCCGCGCUGUUGCUCUGCACGCGCGGUUGCCCGCGCCCUCGUGCGCUCUACCCUACCUGCUCCGCGCUGUUGCUCUGCACGCGCGGUUGCCCGCGCCCUCGUGCGCUCUACCCUACCUGCUCCGCGCUGUUGCUCUGCACGCGCGGUUGCCCGCGCCCUCGUGCGCUCUACCCUACCUGCUCCGCGCUGUUGCUCUGCACGCGCGGUUGCCCGCGCCCUCGUGCGCUCUACCCUACCUGCUCCGCGCUGUUGCUCUGCACGCGCGCCGACUUGAUGGCGGAAAUGUCAGUCAGCGAGGACGCCUCGUCGUCGCUCACUUACGACUCCGAAGAAGGCGGCGUGUCUUCCGGCCAGGCCAGGAGCCAUGGCAAGCCGGUGUCGUCGUCUGGAGCCACACCGGGCUCAUCGAUACAAUAUCCUUCGCAUUCGUCGGCGAAAGCGUCUGGUAACUCGCCGUCGCAAACGUCGCCUCCUGUCGCUGUGAUGUCGUCGGGAGGCGUGCACGAGCUACUGGAGUGUCCCGUCUGCACCAACUCCAUGUUCCCUCCCAUUCAUCAGUGCCCCAACGGUCACACGCUGUGUUCGCACUGCAAGGCGCGCGUGCACAACCGCUGCCCCACGUGCCGCUACGAGCUGGGCAACAUCCGCUGCCUCGCGCUGGAAAAGGUCGCGGAAUCCCUCGAGCUCCCCUGCAAGCACCACACGCUCGGCUGCCCGGAGAUUCUCCCCUACUACUGCAAGGUGAAGCACGAGGCGCUGUGCGCGUUCCGGCCGUACUGCUGCCCGUACGCGGGGUCGGAGUGCGCGGUGACGGGGGACGUGCUGGCGCUGGUGGCGCACCUGAGGGACGACCACAAGGUGGACAUGCACAAUGGCAGCACGUUCAACCACCGCUACGUCAAGCAGAACCCGCAGGAGGUCGAAAACGCCACUUGGAUGCUCACGGUGUUCAACUGCUUCGGGCAGCACUUCUGUCUGCACUUCGAGGCGUUCCAGCUGGGCAGUGCGCCCGUGUACAUGGCGUUCCUGCGCUUCAUGGGGGACGACGCGGACGCCAAGGCGUUUGGGUAUAGCCUGGAGGUGGGCGGUAACGGCCGCAAGCUCAUGUGGCAGGGCGUGCCCAGGAGCAUUAGAGACAGCCACCGCAAGGUGCGCGACUCGCACGACGGGCUCAUCAUCCAGCGCUCCAUGGCGCUCUUCUUCUCGGGAGGUGAUGGCAAGGAGCUGAAGCUGCGGGUUACUGGAAGGAUUUGGAAGGAGUGA